CUGGAUUACCUUUUAACCGCGGCAUGCUGUUAAAUGUCGGUUUCGUCGAGGCCCAGCGUUCUGACACGUUCCAAUGUUUCAUCUUUUACGGCGUGGAUAUUCUUCCGGAAGACGACCGCAAUGUUUAUUAGUGUCCGGAAGUUGGCAGACCACGUCACAUGUCUUUCGUUAUCGACAUUCACGAUUACAAGCCAGUGUCGUUAAUGUUCCUUUUCGGGGGUGGAGUCAUUGAUAUUUCGGCGGUCGAUUUCGUCCGUGCCAACGGUUACUCGAACGCCUUUUGGGUACUGGGAUUGGAUGACGACGACUUUUAUCGACGUAUCCGGCGACUCAACAUGAGCGUCGCCCGGCCGAACAUUCCGGCCGAGCAUUUGCGAUACAGAACACUCUAUCACGAUCCAUCGGUUGAUGUUAUUCCAAAUCGACAGAAGCUUUUCGAUGAUGGUUACCUUCGUUUCGAAUCAGAUGGCCAUAAAUCUGAAAUACCGUCCCAGUGACAUACCUAUCUAACCUCUGUACCUACACUCACGUUGUCGUUGAACUAAUGGUAGAUCAUUUGAACUUACGUAUUUCUCGUCCUUUGAAUU